AUGCACGCGCCGAAGACGAUCAUGAGCAUGACCACCAGUGCAUUGUUCGUGCUGCAGGACAUCCCGAGUCCUCCCCGUCGAGACUACCACGUUGCAUCUGCCAUACGCCGCGCGUACCGCGCCGUCGUCACAUUCUCCAGCAUUCGCGGGACCUACGACAGCCUACGACGCACAGCUAGCGACAUCGCAACGGCAACGGCACCGAGGCAUGACUCCCUCCACGAAGGAGGGAACACGGCGGGAACGACUUGGACAGACGGGGUGGGGCCGAGAUAG